AUGGCUGCGGCGGCCCAGCUCUCCCUGACACAGUUAUCAAGUGGAAAUCCUCUUUAUGAGAAAUACUAUAGACAGGUUGAUACGGGCAAUACUGGAAGGGUAUUGGCUUCUGAUGCUGCUGUAUUCCUAAAAAAAUCAGGACUUCCAGACCUGAUACUUGGAAAGAUCUGGGAUUUAGCUGACACAGAUGGGAAAGGUAUCCUGAACAAACAAGAAUUCUUUGUUGCUUUGCGUCUUGUGGCAUGUGCCCAGAAUGGAUUGGAGGUUUCACUAAGUAGUUUGAACCUGGCUGUUCCUCCACCAAGAUUUCAUGAUACCAGUAGUCCUUUGCUAAUCAGUGGAACCUCUGCAGCUGAGCUCCCAUGGGCUGUAAAACCUGAAGAUAAGGCCAAAUAUGAUGCAAUUUUUGAUAGUUUAUGCCCAGUGAAUGGAUUUCUGUCUGGUGAUAAAGUGAAACCAGUGUUGCUCAACUCUAAGUUACCUGUGGAUAUUCUUGGAAGAGUUUGGGAAUUGAGUGAUAUUGACCAUGAUGGAAUGCUUGAUAGAGAUGAGUUUGCUGUUGCCAUGUUUUUGGUAUACUGCGCACUGGAGAAAGAACCUGUGCCAAUGUCCUUGCCUCCAGCCUUGGUGCCACCUUCUAAGAGGAAAACGGUCAGUAUAUCAGGCCCUAUGCGGUUGAUCCCCUCUUCAGCAUCAGCCAAGGAAUCUUACCACUCCUUCCCACCAGUAGGCAUUUUACCUACCAAAGCACCGUUAAGACAGUGGAUUGUAUCCCCUGCAGAAAAAACUAAAUAUGAUGAAAUCUUCUUGAAAACUGAUAAAGAUAUGGAUGGAUUUGUGUCAGGAUUGGAAGUCCGUGAAAUCUUCCUGAAGACAGGCUUACCUUCUGCCUUACUAGCCCAUAUUUGGGCAUUAUGUGACACAAAGAACUGUGGGAAGCUUUCAAAAGAUCAAUUUGCCUUGGCUUUUCACUUAAUCAAUCAGAAGUUAAUAAAGGGCAUUGAUCCUCCUCACAUUCUCACUCCUGAGAUGAUCCCACCAUCAGAUAGGGCCACUUUACAAAAGAACAUCAUAGGAUCAAGUCCUGUUGCAGAUUUCUCUGCUAUUAAGGAGCUAGAUACCCUUAACAAUGAAAUAGUUGACCUACAGAGGGAAAAGAAUAAUGUGGAACAGGACCUUAAGGAGAAAGAAGAUGCUGUUAAACAGAGAACAAGCGAGGUUCAGGAUCUUCAAGAUGAAGUGCAAAGGGAGAAUACUAAUCUGCAAAAACUACAGGCCCAGAAACAGCAAGUACAGGAACUCCUUGAUGGGCUGGAUGAGCAGAAAGCCCAGCUGGAGGAGCAACUGCAGGAAGUCAGAAAGAAGUGUGCUGAGGAGGCCCAGCUGAUCUCAUCCCUGAAAGCUGAACUAACUAGUCAAGAAUCACAGAUCUCCACUUACGAAGAAGAGCUGGCCAAAGCGAGGGAAGAACUGAGUCGCCUACAGCAAGAAACAGCAGAGCUGGAAGAGAGCGUGGAGUCAGGGAAGGCUCAGCUGGGACCGCUCCAGCAGCACCUGCAAGAUUCACAGCAGGAAGUCGGCUCAAUGCAAAUGAAACUUGUGGAAAUGAAAGAGCUGGAAAACCAUAGUAAUCAAUUAAAUUGGUGCAGUAGUCCACACAGCAUUCUUGUAAAUGGUGCUACAGAUUAUUGCAGCCUCAGUACCAGCAGCAGUGAAACAGCCAAUCUUAAUGAGCACACUGAAGGCCAGAGCAACCCAGAGUCUGAGCCCAUACACCAGGAGUCUCCAGCAAGAAGUAGUCCUGAAAUACUGCCUUCUGGUGUGACUGAUGAAAAUGAAGAGGUGACUGUAGCUGUUAAUGAAAAAGUUUGUCCUGAAUUUAAUAGUGACAGAUGUUCAAAAGAGGAAGAUCCAUUUAAUGUAGAAACAAGUUCACUGACAAAUCCAGUUGCAGAUUCAAACUUGGAUUUUUUCCAGUCUGAUCCUUUUGUUGGCAGUGAUCCUUUCAAGGAUGAUCCCUUUGGAAAAAUUGAUCCAUUUGGUGGUGAUCCUUUCAAAGGGUCAGAUCCAUUUGCAUCUGACUGCUUCUUCAAGCAGUCUUCUACUGAUCCUUUUGCCACUUCAAGUACUGACCCUUUUAGUGCAGCCGGCAAUAGCAGUAAUACAUCGGUAGAAACAUUAAAGCACAAUGAUCCUUUUGCUCCUGGUGGAACAGUUGUUGUUGCAGCAAGCGAUUCAGCCACAGACCCCUUUGCUUCUGUUUUUGGAAGUGAAUCAUUUGAAGAUGGAUUUGCUGACUUCAGCACAUUGUCAAAGGUCAACAAUGAAGAUCCUUUUAGUUCAGCCACUUCAAGCUCCAUCAGCAGUGUGGCCAUUACAAAAAAUAUGCUUGAGGAAACAUCUGUCAAAAAUGAAGAUGUACCCCCAGCACUGCCACCAAAGAUCGGAACUCCAACAAGACCCUGCCCACCACCACCUGGGAAAAGACCCAUCAACAAAAUGGAUUCUUCUGAUCCCUUUAAACUGAAUGAUCCAUUUCAGCCUUUCCCAGGCAGUGAUAGCCCCAAAGAAAAAGAUCCUGAUAUGUUUUGCGAUCCAUUCACUUCUACUACUACCACUACCAAUAAAGAGGCUGACCCAAGCAAUUUUGCUAACUUCAGUGCUUAUCCCUCUGAGGAAGAUAUGAUUGAGUGGGCCAAGAGAGAAAGUGAGAGAGAGGAAGAGCAGAGACUUGCCCGACUGAAUCAGCAAGAGCAAGAAGACUUAGAACUGGCUAUUGCACUCAGCAAAUCUGAAAUAUCAGAAGCAUGA